GCAGCGGCUGCAGCAGCGAGAUGGAACCACCGUUGCUGAAUAAUUCUGAAGAAAUAGCCGCUUUGUACCGUGAAUUUAGCCAGUUCCCAACUCUUUCCAGUGCUUGUGUUGGGCCUGAGAUAACAACACAGUAUGGGGGGAAAUACUGCAAUAUUUACACAGAAUGGUCUCAGCGGGACUUGGAAAGAGCUGAAAAUGUGAAAUUCUGCCGUCAGUACCUCAUCUUCCAUGACAGCCAGUCCAUCGUGUACUCCAGCCCCUCUGGCAACUGCACUGAAAUCAAGGGAGAGCUGCUCAGCCGUGACUCUCCCAGUGGGGCUCAGAAAGCCGUUUUGCGAAAGACCAGCAGUGGCAAAGGCGAGGAAAAACAGUUCCUAGAGGUGUGGGAAAAGAACCGCAAGGUGAAGAGUAUCGAUUUAUCAGCUCUGGAGAAACACGGCCAAGUGUAUGAGGAUGACCAGUUCGGCUGCUUGGCCUGGUCGCACUCAGAGACUCACCUUCUGUAUGUGGCAGAGAAGAAGCGCCCUAAGGCAGAGUCCUUCUUUAAGCCAAAAGCUCCCGAGUUGAAUGUUGAAGAGGAGCUGAGCAAGACUGGGCAACAAGAAAAAGCCAUCAAGGGGGAGCAAUUCGUACUCCACGAAGACUGGGGGGAGACCCUGGUGGCGAAGAGUGUCCCUGUGCUGUGUGUACUGGACAUUGAGAGCAACAACGUCUCCGUGUUGGAGGGUGUUCCAGAGCACAUCUCUCCUGGGCAGGCUUUCUGGACUCCUGGUGACACAGGGGUGGUAUUUGCAGGCUGGUGGCAUGAGCCUUUCCGUCUGGGGUUGCGGCACUGCACCAAUCGCAGAUCAGCUAUCUUCCAUGUGGACCUGACAAGCGGCCGUUGUGAACUGCUCUCAGAUGAUACCAAGGCCAUUUGGUCUCCACGCUUGAGUCCAGACCAGUGUCGCAUUGUAUAUCUGGAGAACGAGGCUUCCGGGCCCCACCAACAAUGCAGCCGCCUGUGCAUGUAUGACUGGUACACAAAGCUCACUUCUACCGUGGUGGAGAUUGUGCCUCGGCAGAACCAAGGUGAAUUCACUGGGAUCUACAACACAGCACUGCCUGAGCGUUGCUGGGCAGCAGACAGCCAGAGGGUUGUGCUGGACACCGCUCAGCGCAGUAGGCAGGAGCUGAUUGUGGUGGAUACGGUGUCAGGCGGAGUGUGUUCUCUCACCAAGGGGUCCCCUCUUGGAAGCUGGACGCUGCUCACCGUUGACAGAGAUCUGCUGGUAGCCAAAUUCUCUACUCCAAACUGUCCUCCCGUGCUUAUGGUGGCCUUCCUGCCUCCUGCUGGCAAGGAAGCUGAAGUAAACUGGGUGUGCCUGGAAGAAUCUAACAAAAUUCAGGAAAUCACUUGGAAUGUCCAUACACUGCAGCCUCCUCCAGAACAGGACAACCCCCAGUAUGCGGGUCUUGAUUUUGAAGCCAUCCUACUACAGCCCACUCAGGCACCAGAGAAGACCAAAUUCCCACUAGUGGUGACACCUCAUGGAGGUCCUCACUCUGUGUUCACGAUCAGCUGGAUGCUGUACCCAGCAGUGCUCUGUCGGAUGGGCUUUGCUGUGCUGCUGGUAAAUUAUCGAGGAUCACUGGGCUUUGGCCAGGACAGUGUGGCCUCCCUACCAGGGAAUGUGGGCACUCAGGAUGUCAAGGAUGUGCAAUUCUGUAUGGAACACGUGCUACAGAAAGAGCCCCUGGAUCCACAGCGUGUGGCCUUGCUCGGUGGCUCCCAUGGAGGCUUCCUAUCCUGCCAUCUCAUUGGCCAGUACCCGAAUACCUACAAGGCCUGUGUGGCCAGGAAUCCCGUUGUCAACAUAGCCUCCAUGGUGGGAAGUACUGACAUCCCUGACUGGUGCCUAGCAGAAUCAGGCUUACCCUAUGAUCCAUCUGCUCUCCCAGAUCCCAGACAGUGGACAGAGAUGCUACUACACUCACCUAUGCAGUAUGUUGAUAAGGUUCAGACACCUGUUCUCUUGAUGCUAGGAGAGGAAGAUAAACGUGUACCCCCCAAGCAGGGCUUAGAGUAUUACCAUGCUCUCAAGGCCAGGGGUGUUCCAACUCGGGUGCUGUGGUAUCCAGGCAAUAACCAUGCCCUGGCUGGUGUGGAGGCUGAAGCUGAUGGAUUCAUGAAUAUUGCACUGUGGCUGAUCCAGCACAUGAAAUGAUUACUUCAGAACGUGGGCUGUACCUAUCGUAAUCCCACCUCCCUAUCAAGCAGUGUGACCAGCUAA